CCAGAAUCUGCUCGCUAUAAAACAGGCACCGCACGUGAGCACUUCGUAGUUCGCACUUAGCAAUUCACAGAAUUUUCCGCAAGUAAAACCGUUUUUAGUAAAACUGCUUUUAGUAAAACCGCUCUUAAAACUGCUCGUUCUUAUUAGUAAAGAUAUAUGUCGCAAAGUUACGCCGCUAUAUUCGUCUUCGGACUUACCUCGACGUCUUCGCCAUUUCAGUUCCUGAAACUUUGUACAUUUUUUGGAGAUUCAACAGGUCCCUUCUUCCAAAUGAAGAGACCUCAAAAACACAAAUACAAAUCUCCCAUUUCUACCUAUUAAGAGAGAAGAGCAAUUGAAUUUAUGGAAGCAUUUUUAGAACAAAAGAACAAUUUUGCAGCUGUAGUGAAUAAACAUCUAUUUUUAUAUUGAUAUAUUUUUGGGAGAGAAAGAUAUCGCUGAGAAUUGGAAAACAUGACGAAUACAAAUAACAACUCGUUUUAUUAUUCUCUGAGUGGCAACAAACAAGAAGAUGAGAAACUGUUAGAACCGAUCAGAUACAAUCUUCAAGUUCCUGGAAUGCAGAUAAUGACGGCAAAAUUAAUGCAGACUUUUAAUUACUGGCUAAAAAUAUCGCCUGACAGAAUAAAAGCAAUCGAAGAAAUAGUAAUCAUGCUUCACAGCUCGGGCAAUAUACUUGAUGACAUUCAAGAUAAUUCCAUUUUGCGGAAAGGUAUUCCUGUCGCUCAUUCUGUUUUUGGGAUUCCUAGCUCACUAAGUGCUGCCGCUUAUAUAUUAUUCAUUGCUUUGGAACGAGUUAUUAAUUUACGACAUCCUGCAGCAUCAAAAGUAUGUAUAGAACAAUUGUUGGAACUUCAAAGAGGUCAAGGAAUAGAUAUUUUUUGGCGGGAUAAUUUCAUUUGUCCAAGUGAGGAAGAUUACAAGGCUAUGGCAAUAAAAAAGAUUGGUUGUUUCUUUAACUUGCCAAUAAGAUUAAUGAAUUUGUUCUCAACUUACGAAGAAGAUUUAUCGCCGCUAUUAACUCUUUUGAGUUUAUACUAUCAAAUACGUGACGAUUAUUGUAAUUUAUGCCUCAGUGAUUAUACCGAAAAUAUUUAUUGUGAUGAUUUGACUGAAGGAAAAUUCAGCUUACCAAUUAUUCAUGCGCUUAAAACCAAUCCUGAUGAUAAGCAAAUAAUGAAUAUUCUGAAACAACGAACGAAAAAUAUCGAAGUGAAACGUUAUUGCGUUAAAUUAUUAGAGAAAUUUGGCUCUCUCAAGUAUACAAGAAGCGUACUCGAAGAAUUGGAUAUGAAAGCAAGAGCUGAGAUUGAUCGCUUAGGAGGCAAUCCGUUCCUAAUAAAAAUUCUAGAUGAGUUGAAGAAUUGGGAUAGCAACGAAGCGUCCCAAGAUCCCUUAACACGGACAUUUUUAUAAGAAAGAAAGUAUACUCAUAUAGAGAAUAAUUGAUAUUAGAUCCAUUGAAUAUUUUUUAUAGGCAUUAAGGAUAUCCACGAGUAUAUGAAAAUCAGUUAUUAGA